UAGAGCAACAGCGGCUCGGAUCAGUCCAGAGUCAGACAGAAGCCCGGUGGACGGUUAACGGGCCCGUUAACGUGCAGCAGGGAGGGACACACGUGAUGCGGAUCCUCGCCGCUCCGCCGUGACGUUUACAACUCAAACUGAGAGGGGAACACAAAAAGAAAAAGAAAAAGUUUGGACUCUUUGUCCUGCAGAGGCUCAAAGAACCCGCCUCGGACUGACAGGCUGGAAACUCUCAGGGCAAAACUGUUGAAAAGAGAUUUUUGUUUUGUUUUUGUGGUUGUUGUUAUUAUUGUUGUUGUUGUUGUCCCGUCGGAAGUUUGAGAGAUGUCGGAGCCAGACAAGAGCGAGGACAUUCCUGAUGAGCCUGCAGGAAAAGGAAUCCCAAACGGAGGAAACGCUGCAAAAAGCAAAGAGGAUUUUGACCUGGCCUCCAUCUAUGUGUCAGACGCUCAGUACAACAGGAACAUCUACUUUGACACGUCGCCCGAGGCUGUGAAACUGUAUAUACGCUACAAUCACUGGAUCCCCAAGGUGAUCCUCUUCUUCUUCAUCCUGGUGGAUCUGUCUCUGGCCAUCUUUGAGAAGCCGGCCGUCUUCCCUGUGCCAACGUUGUACACCAUGCUGGUGGAGCUGCUCUGUCUGCUCGUCUUCACCCUUCGACUCGUUCACUACGCCAAAGUGAUUCCUCGAGACAAGUUCUGGAAAGAUCCCAAAAACAUCUGCAUCAUCGUCAUCCUUGUGCUCACCGUGGUCGAUUUGAUCAUCUACGAGUCGCUGGAGGCCGCAAACUGUUACGCUGUCCGCUGGUCCAGAGUCCUGCGCCCGCUGCUAUUGGUCAAUGUCACCGAGGGACGGCAGCUCCGCCGAGCCUUCAGAAGCAUCCGGAACGCUCUCCCUCAGAUCUUCUACGUCUUCCUGCUCUUCAUGUUCAGCCUCCUGAUCUUCUCCCUCAUGGCGCUCAAACUGCUGGGCAAACGAGGUCUGAAGACCAUCGACGGAGCUCCGUACUUCACCAACUACCUGGAGAUCGUCUUCGACCUGUACGUCCUCGUCACCACGGCCAACAGCCCCGACGUCAUGAUGCCGGCGUACAACGCCAGCUUCGUCUUCGCCAUCUUCUUCAUCUUGUACAUCCUCAUCAACACCUACAUCUUCAUGUCCGUCUUCUUGGCCGUCGUCUACAACAACUACAAGAAAUACCUGAAGGAGGAGGUACGGCAGCUGGUGAGGGCCAAAAGGCACAAGAUGGUGCGAGCGUUUGCCGUGCUGCAGGAGCAGAGGGCGGAGGGCGGGGAGCCGGUGGUGAGCCAGGCUAACUGGAACCAGAUUGUCAAACUGGUCCAGCCCGACAUCAGCAACGCCCACAGAGAGCUGCUGUGGAGCGUCUCCGACGACAACAACCAGGGGUUCAUUGGUAAGGUGGCGUUCGUCCAGCUGGCCGACCUCCUGAACAUCGAGGUGAUCACGCUCAAGUCGAGACCACACCCACUCCAGAGGGCGUGCCCCGCCUUCUACCUGUCGGCCCCAAGCCGCCUCCUCUGCCGAUUGGUCCAACACCGGGCCUUUGUGAUCUUGUACGACCUGAUCAUCCUGGUGAACGCCGUGUUCAUCGGUCUCGACGAGGAGAAUCCGUUGAUCGCCAACUCCGAGUGGGUCUUCCUGGCUCUCUACCUGCUGGAGAUCCUGCUGAAGCUCUACGUGUUCGAGCCCCGAGCGUUCUUCUCCCGGCACAGCUUCUGGAACUGCUUGUCUUCGUCCCAGAUUAUAAGUACAAGGUUCGACACCGUCAUCGUCAUCUCCGCUCUCAUCGCCACCGUCGUCAACUCCGCCAUGACGUCAUCGCAAAAUUACACCAGCCGACAGAUCCUGGACAUCGUCUUCAUCCUGCGAGUCCUCCGACUGAUCCGGGUGGUGGACAGCAUCAAAAGGUUUCGGGCAAUCAUCAACACCCUGAUCAGGAUCGGACCAGCGAUCCUCACGUUUGGACAGCUGAUCAUCGUGGUGUACUACAUCUUCGCCAUGGUGGGCAUGGAGCUGUUCAAGGGGAAGGUUCGGUCCUUCGAGGACGACUCCAGCGACCCGACGAAGGCGUACUGCGGGAACCCGCUGCUGAAGGGAACGACCUUCGCUCAACUCAACUACUGCAAGAACAACUUCAACAACGUGGUGUCGUCCUUCAUCCUGCUGGUGGAGCUCACCGUGGUCAACCAGUGGCACGUGCUCAGCAGCGGCUUCGCCGCCGUCACCCACGUGUCGGCCAAGCUCUUCUUCAUCCUCUUCCACAUCAUGGUCGUCAUUGUCAUCAUCAAUAUCUUCGUGGCGUUCGUCCUGGAGGCGUUCUUCGUGGAGUAUUCGGUGGAUAAGAGCGACCUGCAGACGUCCCUGGAGAAGAAGAUUGAGGAGCUGGAGCUGGCCGUGGCACAGGAGAAGUUGGAGGAUAACUUGGUGAACGCCAUGGAAACCAUCGACAGCGACCAGGGAACCGGCCAAUCGGCAAGCAACAAACCGGCCCUGAUGUUUAAAAUCGCUUCAAAAAGAUACCGGACCGUGGACGCUCUGCUGCAGCGGAUGUUCGAGGCCGACCUCGACCCCGAAGACUUCGCCGAGAACGACGGCGACGCCAACGGGAACUUCACGAACCCGGCGUUCAACUCCGUGUAGACGUUUAAUGUACAAAUAUAUAUGUAAAGGGAACCAGAUUAUAUGAUUUAUUUACAGUUUUAUACACAAAAAAUGAAAUCUGAUGUCUAUCCAGUGUUAUAUUUUUAUAUAUCUUUCCUGUAGCUCUGUGUAGAUGCACAUAAAGAGUAUUUACACUGUG